AUGGGGCCAUUAGUUCAGGGCUUCUCAAAGUCUCUUGCAAUGACCGUUCUCUCUGAGAUAGGGGAUAAUACAUUUUUUGCAGCUGCUAUUCUGGCUAUGCGACACCCACGACGGCUUGUUUUAUCUGGUUGCAUGUGCUCUUUAAUCGUGAUGACCAUUUUCUCUGCAAUUGUCGGCUGGGCAGCUCCAAAUGUGGUUUCUCGUAAAUGGACUCAUCACAUUACAACACUGUUAUUCUUUGUUUUUGGCCUAUUAUCCUUUAAAGAUGCAAUAUUUGAAGAGGAGGAGGACGAAUUGGCCGAAGUUGAAGAAAAACUGAAUGCAGAUAACAAAGCUAAUAGUGGAGCUACCAAAGAUAACAAGGUUGAUGUUGAUUUGAAAAGGAACAAACAACCAUUUUUCAAUCCCAUCUUUUUAAAGGCAUUUUCAAUCACCUUUUUUGGUGAAUGGGGCGACAGGAGCCAACUGGCUACCAUUGGGUUGGCUGCAGAUGAGAAUGCAAUAGGGGUGGUCCUAGGAGGGAUUUUAGGACAAGCAUUGUGCACUGCUGCUGCUGUUGUUGGAGGAAAGAGUUUAGCAUCUCGGAUAUCAGAAAAAAUGGUUGCACUCUCAAGUGGAAUUUUAUUCAUUAUUUUUGGUACCCAGUCGUUCCUUUCUCCAAUUGAAUCAUGA